AUAUUUUAUUUAUAUAGUUAAAUUAAUUUAUAUAUUGUUGUUAUUAUUAUUCUUAUUGAGUAUUUUAUUAAAUAAAGUAUUUCUAAUACUUUAUAGGGUAAUUUAUUGAAUCUGAUUGUAAAAAAAAUUUGUUUUAAACAUGGCUUCAGCAGAUCCAAUGGGUCUUACUAAAACUUGGGAACUUUCACUAUACGAAUUGCAUAGAUCUCCUCAAGAAGCUAUUACAGACAACACCGAAAUUGCUGUAUCCCCGCGAAGUCUACAUAGUGAACUAAUGUGUCCAAUAUGUUUAGACAUGUUGAAAAAAACAAUGACUACUAAAGAAUGUCUCCACAGAUUUUGUUCAGACUGUAUUGUAACUGCUCUUCGUUCGGGUAAUAAAGAAUGCCCUACUUGUCGUAAGAAACUUGUAUCUAAACGUUCUUUACGCCCUGAUCCAAAUUUUGAUCUUCUCAUAUCUAAGAUCUAUCCAAGCCGUGAUGAAUAUGAAGCACAUCAGACUAGAGUAUUGGAAAAAUUAAAUAAGAGUCAUAGUCAGGCCAAUUUGGUUCAGUCAAUAAAUGAAGGUAUUAAAUUACAAACUCAAAAUCGACUACAACGAACCAAAAAAAACCAAAGUGAAGAAUUAAAUGAAAGUAGUUCAUCAACUACUUCAAAACCUUCAAAUAGUUCAAGUCGAGAUAAUGUAACAAGAACAAUGGUACAAACAAAAGUUGCAAAGAAAAUGAAAUCUGUUAUGAUCUCAGAAAAAGAAGGACCUGCUUCAACCGUUGACACCUCGGAUAUAACAGAAUGUGAUGGUACAUCAAAAGGUGUAUCAGUUGAUGAAAUAGAACUAGUAUUUAAACCUCAUCCUACAGAAAUGGCUAGUGAUAAUCAAUUGAUCAGAGUUUUGAAAGAAAACUCUGUACGUUAUAUAAAAACAACAGCUAAUGCAACUGCUAUUGAUUGGGAGAUAAAUAGGAUGUAUAGUGGAUAUGCCUUGGACCUAACUCAUCAAUAUUAUAUAGCAGUAGCUUAUAAAUUAUGGGUUAUGUUAUCAUUGCAUUAA